GGUGUGGCGCAGUUAGAUCCGCCGAGGACCGGAGUUGACUCUGUUGUUCAGUGUGUGUCGCCGUCGCCACCGCUUGACAAUGCAGAUCUUUGUGAAGACCUUGACUGGCAAGACCAUCACCCUUGAAGUGGAGCCCAGUGAUACCAUUGAGAAUGUCAAGGCUAAAAUCCAAGACAAGGAAGGCAUUCCCCCAGACCAGCAGAGAUUGAUCUUUGCCGGGAAGCAGCUAGAAGAUGGGCGAACCUUGUCUGACUACAACAUCCAGAAAGAAUCCACCUUGCACUUGGUCCUUCGUCUCAGGGGUGGCAUGCAGAUCUUUGUGAAGACCCUGACUGGCAAGACCAUCACCCUUGAAGUGGAGCCCAGUGAUACCAUUGAGAAUGUCAAGGCAAAGAUCCAGGACAAGGAAGGCAUCCCCCCAGACCAGCAGAGAUUGAUCUUUGCCGGUAAGCAGCUAGAAGAUGGUCGUACCCUGUCUGACUACAACAUCCAGAAAGAAUCCACCCUGCACUUGGUCCUUCGUCUCAGAGGUGGGAUGCAGAUCUUUGUGAAGACCUUGACUGGCAAGACCAUUACCCUUGAAGUAGAACCCAGUGACACCAUUGAGAAUGUCAAGGCCAAGAUCCAAGACAAAGAAGGCAUCCCCCCAGACCAGCAGAGACUGAUCUUUGCCGGUAAGCAGCUAGAAGAUGGUCGCACCCUGUCUGACUACAACAUCCAAAAAGAAUCCACCCUGCACUUGGUCCUGCGCUUGAGGGGAGGUGUCUAAUUCCCUCAAGAUUCUUUCAAGCUUUUGAGUAAUUUCACUGCACUUUUCUUUCAAUAAAGUUGUUGCAUUCCCAAAA